UUAUCGAGUAGGCUUUGCUGAAUUAAUUAACUGAUAGUAUGACAAUUGCGUACAACUAUAAAUUAACAUUUACAUUGAAGUGAAACCCAACAAUAGAUAGCAUCUAGUUUUAACCGUAAAUUCUAAAAACAAAGAUGCAUAAUUGGAUCCUUAGCAUAUCGCUUCUGUCUUUAAUGCUAGCAGUCGAUUGCCAUGGACCUGUCGUCAAUAUGCUACUGUACAACCGAGCAAAUGGCGGUUUGAACAGACCGAAGUCUAUUAAAGAGUACCAUCAUUGGUCUACACCUGAGGAGACGACCGCUGAUUGGACGACUCAUACCAGACCAUACACAACGCCUACCUGGCAUUUUCAUUCUACACCAUACACAACACUAACUUACACUUCACUUGCACCUAAGGGACUUCUAUUGAGCUUGCUGCGUAACAUGUAUGACGACGCCAACACGAUGUCCGCUCUGGCACACGGACUCACUGACAAAGUGGCCACUGUUGAAGAAGUAGCAGGUAACACGAAGUCUCUGUUAUUGCAAGUCCUUCAGCAUGUGGAUAGCGACAUCAUGAUUAUUUCCCAGAUGACUCAAGGUCUGAUAGAUGACAUCAAGACGGCUGAAGAUAUUGCUUAAAAUUGAAUUGUUCAAAUACGUACACAACUUCAAACUAUGUUAAAAGAAAGGCAUGAACAAAUGUAAUGUAUUUGAUGUGUUAACUGUAUUAAAUAUAAAAUUGAUGGUAAACGAUGAUAUUUUGUUUACAAUAAAAAAAGCUUGACAAAUUCAAACAAUUUGUCAGUGAUUUACACAAUUUCAAUCAUUUUCUAGUUUGUUUUCAUAGUUGCCGAGUCUCUUGGUCGUGUUUUAGGAAAUUUGGUUUUUAAGUUAAGUUUGACAUAUUCUUCUAUUUAUAAGUUGUUCAGCGGUACAAUUUAACGCCACUACAUUAAGAUAAGUUUUACAAUGAAGCGAUUACACCGUGGUUGUUAUUGCUUUACGUAUACACAAGCACUGCUAGAAACAUAAUAUGGAUUGAAGUUAAAAGCUUAGUUUGCAUAAAAAAUACAUAAAUUGCAUUAAUUGACCCAUAAGUGAGCCUCCAAAUAUUAACUUAUCUUAUUUUUCUUACUGGGGAUUGUAUAUCAAUAAACGUACUGUUCAAAGUAAUUCCAUUUGAUUUGUGGAUUCAUUUCAUAACAAUUUAAAUGUAUGUGCACAUUGUUAUGUCCAUGUGUUAAUGGUGCUGAAGUUAACAUCAUCUGUUUUUCCAGAAAAUAUUAUUUUCUGUACUAAUAUUACUGCCGAGAUGUCACGUAACAUUACAUCUUGGUCCACUUGUAUGUUGUUUAACUGCAAACAGAGGAACUGGUAUAUAGAUGAUAAAGCAGAAGUGCAAAUUACAAAUAAAUGAAUUCUAUUGAAAGUUUGA